UGGAGGUUCCAAAGUCCAAAGUGGAGGUUCCAAAGUCCAAACUUCCACUUUUCUUCUCGUUGUCUCAAUGAUUAUACACCUCAGAAGAAUAAACCCACUUGAAUUCAGGUCUCCAAAUCGCUCCCCUCUCAGACUAUUCUCAACUCUCUUACAAAACCCAUCUCCACCCCCUAAAACCCAAACCCAAAACCCCACAGAAACGCUCACAAAACCCCAACUCAAAGCCUUAGUUCUCACUCAAUACUCACAUGGCAAAUUCUCCAAUCUUGUCUCAAAUGUCCUUGCUUUGCCCAAUGUCCUCCUCACUGCCUGCCAAAACCUCACCACCUCACAAUCCAACAAUGCCCUCAACUCCCUUGACUCGCAGUCUCUUCUCAACUCGGUCUCGAGGCGGUUUGAUAUCGAAGAAAUGGGCCGCCAGCUAUGUGAGAAUCGGUUUGAUAUUGAAGCUUGUUGUGUCACAAUGAUGCCCUCAAGAAUGAAAGGUGAGUCCUUGGUCUUGCCCAACUUGAAAUUAAAGGUUUUGAUUGAAGCUAUUAGGAUGGUAUUGGAAAUUGUGUAUGAUGAACGGUUUGUAACUUUUUCUUAUGGUGGGCGUGUCGGUAUGGGACGCCACACAGCCAUUAGGUACCUUAAGAACUCGGUAGAGAAUCCUAGUUGGUGGUUUAGUGUCACAUUUGAUAGAGAAAGGUUUGAUGAUAGGCAUGUAAAUAAGUUGUGUUUGUUUAUUGAAGAGAAAAUAAAAGAUGAUUUUUUGAUUGGUUUAAUAAAGAGGUUGUUUGAGUGUGAGGUGGUGGGAAUUGAAUUGGGUGGUUGUUACUUAGGAAGGGGGUUUCCUCAAGAAAGCGGGUUGUGUUCGAUCUUGAUUAAUAUUUACUUUAAUGGAUUUGAUAAAGAAAUUCAAGAUAUGCGUCUUCAGAAAAAUCAGGAGAAUCCAAAGUUUAAAUCAGAGCAGCUUGUUUGGAUGUCUGGCCUAUUUUAUAAGCCAGUGAAGAUGUACGUGGUCAGGUAUUUGGAUGAAAUAUUAGUGAUAACGUCGGGGUCAAAGAUGUUGACCAUGGACUUUAAGAAUUGGGUUUUGAAAUAUUUAGAAGGUAGGUUGGAUUUGAGGGUGGAUAAAAUGAAGACGGCAAUUCAUAGUGCAGUAUCUGAGAAUAUUAGUUUUCUAGGUAUGGAACUACAGGCAGUUCCACCUUCAGUUUUGCAUCCUCCCAUGACGGAGAAAGCAAUUAGGGCACGGAAGAAGUACCUUAGGCAGAAGGAAGUUAGGGCUUUAGAAUUUAAAAAUGCCAGAGAGAGGAAAAGAAAGAUACUGGGGAUGAAGAUUUUGCAGCAUGUUUUUAAGAAGUUGAAGCAAAGUGAUGGGUUUAAAUUUGACUUUCAAAUUGAAAAUGAGGUUCGAGAAAUCUUCAGAACUUGGACUGAUGAAGUGGUCCAUGAUUUCUUGGGUUCCUUGGAAGAGCGUUGGGAAUGGCAUCGGAUGCUUACAGCAGGCGAUUUUCUCUCUUUAAGGCACAUUAGAGGUCAAUUGCCCCAAGAGCUGGUUGAUGCGUAUGAUAAGUUCCAAGAGCAAGUUGACAAGUAUUUGAGUCCGGUCCAAGCUAGAAAGGCAUUAGAGAAAGAAGAAAAGAGAGUGGAGGAGGAAGAGGAACAGAAAUACGCUAAGAGCACGGUUGAGGAUUUGACAAGGCUGUGUAUGAAAGUUGAUGCACCAGUAGAACUUGUUAGGAAGGCAGUUAAGAUGGCUGGUUUUACAAAUAACAUGGGUCGCCCUAGGCCGAUCAAGUUACUCAUUGCUCUUGAAGAUAUUGAUAUUAUCAAGUGGUAUGCAGGAGUAGGGAGAAGGUGGCUUGAUUUCUUCUGUUGCUGUCACAACUUCAAGAUGGUUAAAACUGUAGUAACUUAUCACUUGAGGUUCUCUUGCAUUUUGACACUAGCAGAGAAGCAUGAGUCAACCAAACGUGAAGCCAUUAAGCAUUACACUAAAGAUUUGAAGAUCUCUGAUUUUAAUGGAAAUGAAGAAGUGUACUUCCCCACAGAAAGAGAGGUUAAAAUGAUGGGAGAUCAAAAUCUUUUGGAUCCAAGGCCUGUUGAUGGGGCUUUAUCUUUGGCUUUGAUCAGUUUUCUACAUAAUUGGCAUUGGUUCUGGUGGCUGCUAUUGAUGUGAACCUUGUUCUAGAAAUUCUUAUGUAUUUCUUUUCUGAAAUGAGGCCAGGCAGGUGAUGUGUAAAUUUUUUGCGUUUUUAUUGAUUUUCUUUUUAGCUACUAAUCUCAUUGUCAUUUGUGGUGAUGAAUCAUCGUAUGAAGUUUACUAUAAACCAUUAUAGAGAAACAUAUUCAAGUAGUCAUUAUCCAAUACUUCUCCAGGAUUUUGGAUGGUUAGUUUGUAACUUCUCUAGGUUUCUGUGAAAGGCAUCCUUUAUUUUCCCAACCCUGAGCACUUGAUUUAUCUCAUUGCUCAGUCUAUUAUGAUGGAACAGGAUUACAAAACCAUUUUGUCCCUGAAAAUUCUGUUCUUGUGCCUUUUUUUUUUUUUUUUGAUAAACUCUGUUCUUGUGCCUUACAUAUCCUUUCAAUAUGAUAAUCAUGUCUUUCCUUAAACUGUUUUUUGGUGCCUUCUUACCUUCUUCUAUGUAAAUGUAAGUAUCUCAUGUUGACAUGCUCAAUUUAUUCUACAGCAUUGUGACUUUCAUGCUCACCACACCAGCUGUUUGAUCCUUAAUUUGUAGUUUGAUUCUUAAUUUGUAGUUUGAUUCAUACAAACCCCACAGAAACCCUCACAAAACCCCAACUCAAAGCCUUAGUUCUUACUCAAUACUCACAUGUCACAUUCUCCAAUCUUGUCUCAAAUGUCCUUGCUUUGCCCAACGUGCUCCUCACUGCCUGCCAAAACAUCACAACUCCACAACCCAACAAUGGCCUCAGCUCCCUUGACUCACAGUCCCUUCUACACUUGGUCUCGAGGGGGUUUGAUAUUGAAGAAAUGGGCCGCCAGCUCUGCGAGAAUCGGUUCGAUAUUGAAGCUUGUUUUUUCACAAUGAUGCCCUCAAGAAUGAAAGUUGAGUCCUUGGUCUCGCCCAACUUGAAAUUAAAGGUUUUGAUUGAAGCUAUUAGGAUGGUGUUGGAAAUUGUGUAUGAUGAACGGUUUGUUAAUUUUUAUUAUGGUGAGCAUGUCGGUAUGGGACACAACACUGCCAUUAGGUACCUUAAGAACUCAGUAGAGAAUCCUAGUUGGUGGUUUAGCGUCACAUUUGAUUGAAAUUUUUUUGAUAAUAGGCAUGUAAAUAAGCUGUGUUUGUUUAUUGAAGAGAAAAUAAAGGAUGGUUUCUUUGUCGGGUAUUAGAAAGAGGUUGGCUUGAGUGUGAGGUGGUGGGAAUUGAAUUGGGUGGUUGUUACUUAGGAAGGGGGUUUCCUCAUGAAAGCGGGUUGUUUUCGAUUUUGAUUAAUAUUUACUUUAAUGGGUUUGAUAAAUAAAUUUAAGAUACGCGUCUUCAGAAAAAUCAGGAGAAUACAAAGUUUGAAUCAGAGGAGCUUAUUUCGGUGUCUGGCAUGUUUUACAAGCCAGCCAGUGAAGAUGUAUGUGGUCAGGUAUUUGGAUGAAAUAUUUGUGAUCACUUCAGGUUCAAAGAUGUUUGUUCAAAGAUGUUGACCAUGGAUUUGAAGCAUUGGGUUUUAAAAUAUUUAGAAGGGGGGUUGGAGUUGAAGGUGGAUAGAAUGAAGACAUUGACUACACUUUGUUUGCAGAUGUGGACUGAAUGUUGCUUGUUCUGCUGCAGUUUCCUAUGUAAUUGGCUUUGGUUCUAGAGGCUGCUGAUGUUCUGAAACCUUAUUCAAGAAAUUCUUGUGUAUUUCAUUUCUGAAAUGAAACCAGGUAGGUGAUGUGUAAAUUGAUUGCGUUUUUAUUCAUAUCUUUGCUACUAAUGUCAUUGUUCAUUUGUGGUGAUGAAUCUUUGUGUGAAUUUUAUCUUAAGAACAUAAUAGAGGAGCUUAUUCAAGUAGUCAUUAUCCAAAACUUUUCCAUGAUUUUGGAGGGUUAUUUUGUACCUUCUCCAAGUUUUUGUGAAAGGUGUCUUUUGUUUAACCAACACAAGCAUUUGAUUUAUCUCCUAGCUCAGUAUAUUGUGAUGGAUACAUUGGAUAGGAUUACAAAACCAUUUUGUCCAUGACAAUUCUGUCCUCUUGCGUUGCUUAUGUAUCCUUUCGAUAUGAUAAUCUUGUCUUUCCUUAAAACUGUUUUCUUGGUGCCUUCUUACCUUCUUCUAUGUAAGUAUCUCAUGUUGACAUGCCCAAAAUAUUCUACAACAUUGUGACCCUCAUACUCUCCACACCAGCAGUUUGAUCCUUAAUUUGUUUGAUUUAUACAAAAACACUUAGUUCUUCACAAUGGAUACAAGACAUUAAUUAAUCUUUUUACUCUUAUUAUUUUUUAUUUGUAAGUUACACAAACUAAAAGAUUUCCUCUGGCUUGUCUAUCGAAAAAAUUAGUUACUCUGGCAACUAAGGGGACCAUUUGUUUGUUUCCCUAAGCUUCUUUUGUUUUAAUAGGAAAUAGGACUGGUAAACCUUUGUCUCAUUGAAGCUUCUUUCCCAUGAGUUGCCCAUUUUUGGUUGACCCAUAAGAAAAGUAUUUCUCCAGAAUCUGUCUUCUUUUGUUUGAUGUUUGUUUGUUUGUUGUAUAGUGUCUCUUGUGAUCUUUCUGGCUUUUAUUUUAACUAAUACUAAAAUUCUCCCAACUCUUCUCAUGCUUGUUGUAGUUACAUGUUGAGAGCUGUUCUCAAGUACUGUAGGGCUGAAAAAUGAGCCAAGCUGCUUGCAAGCAGCUCGAUCAAAGUUUGCUUGGCCUGUUUGUUAAGCAAGAUGAUCUGAGCUUGAACUAUGUUCUGAGCUUAAGCAUCAUUAUGCUCAGCUUGUCAGCCCAUGAUCUGGCUUGAUAGAGGGUCUCCAUCAUAGAUCUGAUCUGAGGGAAUAUUCUUCUCAAACUGAUCUGAGUAUUUCAUUUUGGGAAUUAAGCACAGACAGCACAUUCUUCUUAAUUUAUCUGUUUUUUAAUCUGUGGGAUUGAACCACCACAUAAAAAUGUUAUGGGCUUUUCAUGUAUAAGACGAAUUUUGCUCUCUUUGGUUCUCAAAUUGCAAACAAGAGAUGAAAAGAGUAGCCAUUCCUGUCAUAACAAGUCCUGCUUCCCUAUUAGCAGCUGCAGGUCACACAUAGGAGAAGAGGACACACUGAGGUGCCUUUUUUGGGAAUAUACAUAAACAACCAUGCUCCCAUGGACA